AUGAGGGAUUUUCCAUCUUGUUUGGGGGAAAAUGGUGUACAAAUUGCUAAUUCUUCAUCAUCAAAUGCAACUAGGGCUGCCCAAAAUCUUGUUACGUGUGUUUAUCAGUGUCAAUUACAAAGCAUUUCUCGCUUCAUUACCAUUACAUGGACUAAGUAUUUGAUGGGCCAAGGAUUUAGUGUUGGAAUUGAAAAUUCCACAAUAGUUGAAAUCAAACCCUGGUUGUUUUCCAAGAGAAAAGGGUUCAAGAAUUUGGAGGUGGGCUCUAAUUUAAUUGACAUUUAUUGGGAUUUAUCCUCUGCAAUAUUUGGUUAUGGGCCAGAACCCUUGGAGAGUUUCUAUGUAGCUGUUGUGUUUAAUCAAGAACUGAUUUUACUUCUUGGGGACUUGCAGAACCAAGUGUACAAGAAAAUAGAUGUGUCCCCCUUUCCUUGUAAUGCAGUUUUUGUUGCUAAAAGGGAACAUAUGUUUGGGAAGAAAUUGUACAAUUCAAAGGCUCAAUUUUGUGACAAGGGAAAAGUACAUAAUAUUCGGAUUGAAUUUGACACUGAUGGGGGUGAGGAUCCAUGUUUAGUGAUCAGCAUAGACAGCAAAGAAAUGAUAAGAGUGACACAUCUUAAAUGGAAAUUCAGAGGCAAUACUACAAUUUUGGUGGAGAGAUUUCCAGUUGAGGUUUAUUGGGAUGUUUAUAGUUGGCUGGAACCAAAUACUAGAACACAAAAGUCGCCCUACCUGAAAUACUUAAUCCAGCUAAAUCAGGCACAUGGGCAAUAUGCAUGCACUUUAUGGGUUCACAUGAGAUUGAGAUACAUUAUGAUGAUAAUAAGGUCCAAGAUGAGUUUUCUGUUUGAGUCACUCACUCUCAUCCUCGCUGCUCCUGUUCUCUCCCACUCCAUGUGCUUUAGACUGAAGUAG